AGUGCAAAGUGUUAGCGAGGAGAGGAAAGGGCAACCGGUGGAUGACCCUAGGGGCGCGGGAAGGAAACCUGCUGAUCUGUUCUGUUCGUUGCGUCUUCCCAGCGUCUGGAACGAACCGAUCAGCUGAUGUUCACCGUGAGUUUGUCACAGGGAUAAACGCUCAAGAGUUGAAAGGGAGUGAAAAGGACUUGAACAAAUCAAGCAGCAACCCAGUCAAGUCCCGGAUUGGCAUCUUCAAAAGGAACCUGUUAGCUUUGUGUCCACGCCGACUCCAGCAGUAGGAGGAAAGGAGAAGCAAGCAAGGGAGGUCCCAAAGAGCUGCUGGCUGGGCUAAAGGGCGAUUUCUCCCUUCCUGCUUUGGUUUCUGUCGGGAUGGAUUUUUGCAGCAGGAUAGUUGUGUCGUCGUGGGCGAGGGGUUGAGCAGGUGGCUUUCCUGAAUGGCGCGGGGGCGGGGCGGGCGGGGAAGAAGGUGAAACAAAAUAGUGGCAUAGCUAGCCAAAGGCAUAAAGAAAGUGAAACCAGAAGCUACUUUCAUUGAUCCAGCUUCUCGAUGCCCUUGAAAAAACGAAAAGUUCUUCCCGUCUGUAUCGGAAACUGCGAGGGAAGAGCCUGCGCCUUUAAGAGCUUGCUCCUGUUCAUGCCGAAGGGACAAAAAGAAGGAAGGUUAACCUCACCCGGUCUCUCCCCGCUCCCGCCCCCGUGAAUAUCCCCCCACUACCACCACUGCCCCACAGGAGAUAACAUCAGGCAACACGAAAAUAAUAAGAGUCGCUGUUUCCGCGCCGAGUUGCUCGCAGGACUUCUGGUUUUAAAGGGAUCUCCCCCGCCUUCCUCAUUUCCUCCUCCUCCUGCCGGUAUUUGUACCUCUUCGAUGUCGCUCCUUUUUGGAGGCGAUUGUUCUUUGCAGGUUGCUCUGGGAGGAUCUCUUUAGCUCCCUCCUGCUUACUCUUGCCGGAGUAAGAGCUAUGGAGGUUUUUCUCUGUCCUUCUUGCCACUUGGUUCUGUGGGACCCGGUGACCGUUUCGUGCGGGCACUCCUUCUGCAGAAGGUGCUUGGGCGAGGAUCUGCCCUCCAAGUGCCAGCUCUGUGGGGCAAAACUCACCCUCUUGGGCUUGCGGACAGUGACCUGCAACGUCCUGCUCUGUAGCUUGCUGGAGAAAUGCUUGGAUAAAGACACCAAAGUGGCCAGGUUGAAAACCGACUUGCAGGAGCUGCUGGAGAACAGAGACUACAGGGGAGCACUGAGGACCGUUCAGAAAGGAAUCGGGCUGGCUCCAGAUGAUCUUGUGCUGAGGCUGUACCGAUCAGAGGCAUAUAUGGCUUUGCAGCGAUACCCAGAGGCUCUGGAAGAUCUGGAGAUGCUGUGUACCCAAGAACCAGAGGAUUGUGAGGGCUUUUUUAGAAAGGGAAAGGUACUCCUGGAGAUGGGACAGAAAUCUGAGGCCCUGCUGCAGUUUCAACAUUGCCUCAUGCUGGAUUCCAAUUUCCAUGCUGCUUGGUAUGAGACAGAAAAGAUUCUUAUGAACGAUGGCUCCCCUCUUACAGGCACUGUUGUGGAGGUAAAGAGUGAUGCCAGUCAUAACCUGAAAGGGUCUAAUUCAGGGAAAGAGCUAACUUUACUUGUGCCUUUGGAAGGAGAACCUCUACAGGAUUUGAAGGGAAAACAGGAGGCUGGCUGUGCUCAAAAGCAGGCAGAACUUUCUGUGCCAGGGUGGUUGAGGAAGAAGUCAAAUUCAAAUGCCUCUACAAAGAAGGAAAUGGAUAUGAGAGAGGAAGCAUCAGCGGAAACCAGAGGAAUCAAGUCUACCCAGGGCUACCAACCUGACUUUGGAGCCCUCCUGAGUCCAUCUGACCUGGAAUGCUCUCUUUGCAUACGUAUGUUCUUUGAGCCAGUGACUACGCCUUGUGGCCAUACGUUCUGCAAAGAGUGUGUGGAACGCUGCCUGGACCACAGGCCCAACUGCCCACUUUGCAAGCAGAGCCUGAGAGAGUACCUGAAGGCUCGAAAAUACACUACCACAGUCCUGUUGGAGGAUCUCAUGUUGGCCGUCUUCCCCUCACAACUGGCAGAUAGGAAACGGGUCCAUCAGGCUGAGAUGGCAGAACUUUCAAACCUAACCAAGACUAUCCCCAUCUUUGUGUGCACAAUGUCAUUUCCAGGCAUUCUGUGUCCCCUUCAUGUGUUUGAGCCUCGCUAUCGCCUAAUGAUGCGAAGGUGUCAGGAGACUGGCACAAAGAUGUUCGGCAUGUGUAUGUAUGAAAAUGGGAAGAGUUUUGCUGACUAUGGUUGCAUGCUCGAGAUUCAAAAAAUAGAGUUUCUGCCUGAUGGGCGAUCUUUAGUGGACACUAUAGGCAAGAGAAGGUUCCGGGUUUUGAGACGGGGGCACAGAGAUGGUUACAAUACUGCUGAUAUUGAGUACUUGGAAGAUGAAAAGGUGGAAGGAGAAGAACUUGCUGAGCUUCAGAAUUUGCAUGACUGCACAUACGAGCUAACACAGAGGUUUUAUGAACAUGGUGACACCACCUUCAGACAAAUCUUGAUGCACCAUGGACCUCUUCCUGAGAAAGAGGAGGACAUACAGGCAUCUCCAGAUGGACCAGUUUGGUGUUGGUGGCUAACAUCACUCUUGCCCCUUGACUUGACCCGCAAGCUGACGAUCUUUUCGGACAUCUCCCUGAAGUCCCGUCUCUCCCAACUGAAGCAUAUUCUGAAUGUCAUUCUGGAAAGUCGUGACUACAGUAGCUAAAUCUCAGGCCUCAUCCCAUGAAGAAGCGUAUAGUACAGAAGGAACAAACAAGCUAGGUCUGUGUAGGAUUGCCCACCAUUUUUCUUGAUGGGGGUGGGAUAAAGCCUUAACCUGCUUUUGUUUUUAAUGUGUAUGUUCUGUGUGUUUGGUUAUUUGUUUGACCAUAGAACUGACUUCAGCAAUAGGCCAUGAACCAGUAAACUGAAACUGGUGUGCAAUAUAGUAGCAAGAUUCACUAGCAAUGGUACACCGUCCACAGGAAAGUCUAAUUGGCCUUAUUAGUCUGAAGAAGGCAGUGAGUCUAGAUGUGAAAUCUAUCCAAGAAACCUGACUGUCAUACCUGUUUUGUGCCAAGUGAAGAAAUUUCUGAGUGAAUAACUCCACCACCACAUGCUAAGAUUUAUUAGAUUUUUAUCUUCGUUUCUUACUUAAUUAUGCUUGUCUGGGAUAAUUCAGGGCUCUGCACAAUGUGUAGUGUGCUGUUUCCCUAACUUAAAUUGGCUCUCUUAAAAGUGGUGGUUAGCCAUGGAGUGCGGGUGGGGGGGAAGACAGGUACAAAUUCAAGUAGCUGUCUUUGCCUUGCUCCACAGCUAACAACAAGUUCAGGUGGGAGGAAAUGAUUUUUGAUCAGGGAAAGGGUUAAUUCCACCAGUGUCAUGACUCUCACCCAGAAAGUCUCCCAUGAUUGUUUUCUAAUGGGCAAAAAAGGAUGUUUGGAGAUGUGACCAUGCAUGUCCGGCCUCACAUGUAGUUUCUCUCUUAGACAUGAUAAAGAGAAGGAAAAGACUGGUAAACAGGGGUCUUAGAACUACUUCUGCAUGUUGAAAGGCUAGCAAAGAUAUAGGCACAUUACUUAGCAGCACCUCACACUCCCAAGCAAUAUAUUUAGGGCCAGGCAAUCAAGGAUUAAAAUGUUUAGCCUCCAAAUGAGAUGACUGAAAGGAAAAAAAAUAGAAAAUAAAAUUGUGCUAUUCAUUGCCAUGCGAUAGAGUGAAGGGCUAAAGCAGGGUUAAGAAACCCUGGCCUAAAGUAUUAACUGUGACCUAAAAAGUGUAAGUCGUAAGAAUUAUCUUAGAUCUCAGAACAUCAGCCAAUGUGACUUACUACUCAGCUUCAUCAGUCUGCCCAGUUAUUGUGUCCUGCUAGACAAUUAAGUGGAAUAUAAAAACACUUUUAAAGACUGACACAUUUUCUUGUUGAAUUUUGUAAACAAGACUCUAGUGCACUGUAGUAAAUUUACUCCCACCUCUACCUCUGAAUUAAACUGCUAUAGGACACUCUUUUUGCUACAGGAGCCCAACACAGCUAAUGUUCUUGUAUUUGCCCACAUGGCAGAUUGCAAGCAUCUGGGCUUCCUUAAUUCUUUGUGUUGCCUCCCCUGCUCCCCCCACACCCUAAAAACAGAGAGUCUGGGCAUGAACAACAGACUAUAAUGUAUUUUGUUAGGACUUAGGCUCUGUUAGAAGUUUCUUCAGGUGUCUAGCUCUGUUCACUUUUGGUUGUCCUCAGAUGUACACAGUGAUGAUAAGCAGAAUUUAAAACUUUGUGGUAGACAGAUGAAUAUUCUACUUCUUGAAAACUGGGUUGUAUCCCCAAAGUUGGUCAUAACUAAGCACCAUUAGUAUUAAUCAGAAAAACUAGUUAUGACUGAACCCCGCUGAAAUCAAAGCAACAAGUCGGUUACGACUAAAGUCUAAUUCAUUUCAAUGAUCUUCAUCAAGACUAACUUAAGAUGCAACCUGUUGAGUUUUCAAACAUUAAUGAACUACCACAUUACAGUUAGUAAAACACAUGUUCAGCAUAUCUUGAACAAAUAAAAUCACCUUCUAUAUUCCCUUGUCCAACCCCUCAAAUGAAUAUAAAUUUGAAGAUAAGAAAAAGGUAGGGAAGCCCUUGCAAGUGCCUGAAAACUUGGAGAAUGUAUAGAAAUGCUUGGAAAGUGCUUGGAGAAUGUAUAGAAAUGCUUGCCAUAUCUGCCCUUUUCAGAAGUGCCUCCACAUGAUUAUGGAACAUAUGAACAUAUGACCUGUGUCUGCUGACCUUGUCCCAAGCAUCACUGUGUUCUCCAGGCCCCAGUAUCAAUGCAUUCCGUGUAGUUUCUGUCUAGUAUCAUACAACUGUGCACUUAGACACUCCAUACAAUCGGGGUCCCUGUUCAGCGUUCCCUCUAAGGCAUGCGCGUGUGUGCUCACUCACACAUUUUGUUGAUGUCUGCUCAGUUAAUUUUAGAUCCUGCUCAGGUUUAAUCAGGAAGGUCCCACUCUGAAUGCAUGCACACUCACACUGUCUUGAUACUGCCAGAACAAAACUCAUUCUGCACACAGACACAAAAAAAAGAGAGAGAACAAUGCCUCUGUUCCCAGUUGCACGGAGCACCUAUGCAUGUACAGCAUGCACAUAAAUGCUUCUCAAAUGUAGUGCCUAAUGUCCAGACAUGGGGGGCCUGCAGAGUACAGCCACACCGAGGACAAGACCAGCAGACAUGGGCCUGUUCCAUACAUCUAGUAAGUGGAUGGAAGCACUUCUGAAACGUGCUACUGCAUGACAUUGUGUACUGUUUUUUUGGGUUAUUCAGAUCUGCUUCUUUUUAAUGUAUUAAAAAGCUCUGCUUCUAGUUGGAAUCAGAUACAUCCAAGCAGUUGCAUGGUUGGUACUUUCAAUACAAACUGCCCGGUAACAGCUGCACAUGAGGAGCUGCUGGUGUAUAACAGCUCAGGGGUUACAACUUCCAUUCUUUAUCACUGGAUUGUAAACUGCCCUGAGAUUUUAUAUAGGACAGUAUAUAAAUGUGACUAAAUAAAUAAUCAUGCCAGGGCAAGCCAUUUCUGCAGAGUGAUCUGCCACAUGUGUUCUGCCCUAUGAGAGUCCAACGGUGUCUCUGAGUGGAGGGAAACAAGGGACAGGGCAAUUCGCACUGAAAUCUUAUGAGUGCCUGGCUCAUCUGCAUGGCCUUGGAAUUACAGAUAAGGUGAAGUCAAGUGACCCCGGCCUCUGGAAAUGUGUCUUUAAAUAUAUACCUGUUAUAGAAGGGAUUUGCUGCUCCUUGCUUCAGGUGUUGUAAGGAAUGGAAAUAUGAAGGGAGUGUUUAAAGCCACUGAUAUACGCACAGUUUUAACUGGAAAGUGCCUUUUUAAGGGUGAAUUUUGAGCUAUUCCAGAGCCAGGCCAAAUUCAGGAACAGAGUAGAUUUUUAUUUGCUUCUUAACUUUUAAUGACUUCCUGACAAUACUUGGCAAUACUUGGCUAUGUAUUCAACAAGAAAGAAACUCUUCCACCUUCCUUUUUAACCCCUUUCCUGUCACCAUUUCAAAGGUUAGGAAUGCAGGAGGAUGUGAAUAGUCUCUGAAAGGAGUUUGCACACACUCAACUGCAUUGUGUUGCUCAUUAUUCAGUGACACUAAAUAGUGGGCUAUUGUUCUUUCUUGGAUAAAAACAAAAAAGAUGUUGGAAAUGCUCUGCUCUGCUUGAAAUUCAUUUGAAUUUAUACCUUUUUAUUCCCACAUGGUUUAAUUAUUCUUGUCAAAGUAAUAAACUUCAUUUUUAAAAAACA